UCCAUGCUGCUCUUCUAGCGGACACUCCCCCAUCUUGGCUGACACACGCUCCGUCAGAGGACAGGAGCACUGCUGCUGUAGGCUGUCGAAACUAGGACAACACCUCUUAGGUGGAGAGGUUACUUGCUGGAGGAAAUUAGAGGAGGGUCCCAGAACAGAAUAUCCUUCAACCCCUUGAUCAACAUGGGUGCAGUCAUCUCACGAUGGAGGACAAAACCAUCCACUGUGGACAUUUUGGAGGGAAUCGAUAAGGAUAUACAGACGCUUGAAGAAUACAGUGAAAAGUAUCGGAGGCAGUUGAAGAUAUGGGUCGGGCGACUGCUUCUGUACUCGUCUCUUCUCUUCCUGAUCGCAUGUAUAGUUGUGUAUUUGUGGUACCUGCCUGAACAGCUGAUGGGACAGCUCAUAUUGUCUCUUCCCUUCGUAAUUUUCCCGUUAUUAGUUUGGUUACUUCGAAAAAUGCUUAUUAUUAUUUGUUUACGAAGAACUGAAACAAAUAAUGACAAAUUAGAAGAUCUUAAAGCACAAAAAAGGAAAAUACUUGAAGAAGUUAUGGAAACGGAGACGUAUAAAAAUGCUAAAAUGAUUCUGGAGAGAUUUGAUCCUGAUUCCAAGAGAAAAAUUGAGCUUGAAUCCACUCCAGUCGGACCUCAGAUGACUCCAAAACCAGGCCAAGAGCUCCGCCAGCGCAAUGUCACCCCAAAGACCCCCUCAGUGGUGGUGAAUCCGGCGAGCGGAGCUGCUGCUCGCCCCCCUCUUGCCUCUGGGCCCACCUAUCCUGGACGGUCCUCCCACUCUGCUCCAGGUGGACCCCCAGAGAGGAGCCUGUCUGCUAUAGCUGCUCAGCAGAGCUUGAUGAGGAGGCCUGUGACCCCUGGAACACCUGUUCCAGGAGUCGGGAUGCACCCCCCCGGCCCGCCCCUGGCCAGACCUGUGGUCCCAAGAGAAAGAGGCGCUAUGGACAGAGUCAUUGAGUAUCUUGUUGGCGAUGGCCCUCAGAACAGAUACGCUCUCAUCUGUCAGCAGUGUCUGUCCCAUAACGGCAUGGCAUUAAAAGAGGAAUUUGAAUAUGUUGCCUUCCGAUGUGCAUACUGUUAUUUCUUGAACCCUGCCAGAAAGACCAGGCCUCAGGCCCCCCGACUCCCCGAGGUCAGUGGGGAACUGAAGAUGCCAUCUGAGGCACCCGUACCUUCAUCUGCUGCUGACGUAGAUGAUGACCCGUCGGUUUCAGGGCAAACCAAGCUUGCGGAUGUCUCAGCUGAAACAGACACCAAAGAGCCAGGCACACCAGCAACCACAGAGCCCGGCUCUGCGUCAGACAGCCAAAGCACCCCAGAGUCACAAGAUCUGCCCUCUGAGAAAUCUGACGGAGAGCAAGAUGCGUCUGCCAUGGAAGUGGAAUGAAACUGUGGAGUAGUUAUUUCAAGUCAUGCUGGGACUUUGUUCUUUCUUUUCUUUUGACCGUUAACUUGCAAGUAAAUGCCGUGAGUUGAAAUAUCACAGUAACAAGUCAGCAGUUGAUGGGAUUUUUCAACUUACAGUACAGAAUGUCUUUUCUUUUGAGAAUUGCUUUUAUAGUUCUAGCAAUAGUAAGAUAUUGAAUUGCAUAAUGCUAGCAUUUGGUUGCAACCACCAAACAACCCAACUGUCCUUCCCGCUGUUAUUACAUCUCAAGGAUUAUGCUACAUGGUGUGGAUUUUGUAUAGGAAAAGGUUUGUCCCUUGUUUUCUUUAUUUUUUGUAUUUUAUUUGUCUUUGACUGCAUUUCUUAACAGUAUUCUGUCAGUUAGUUUGAUACUGCGGAAACAAAACAACUAUUUUGUGGGGGAAAUGAAAUUGUAUUUAUGGGAAAUUAUUUAUAAAUAUUUUUCUAUGAUGCUUUGCCUUUCAUGACAGUGUUGACUGGGAUACUCUGUAGCACGGUGAUGCUUACAUGUUUACACAACCACGGUACCAUAAUAGGAAUGCACGUACACUGUUAAUUGCUAAAAUGGAGAUUUAUGUCAGUACUGUGCACCUGUCCCAAGUGCCUUUUUAUAUUUUAAGUCUCUGUUUCAGAGAGUUAUCGAUACAACCUAUUUACAUAUAGACAAAGUCAUUGAGCUGUUUACAGACUGUAUCCUUUUGCUGUAUGUUGGAAUUCUUGUUCUCUAUAAAUAUUACUAAAUAAACCUUUGGAAACAUC